AUGGGCAACGUCAGCGGGAGACUGGAGGAUGGGGCAACGAUGUACCUGCGAGAUCAGUGGAGAUUAUCGAUUUCGGCCAUCCAAGUGGUGAAUUCUCACAAUCGGGUGUUGCUGCGGAUCGCUCCGAACGCCUUUCCGUGCUCGAGGGUUACCGCCAGAAGAGAGCCCGGCGAUGAGGGGUUGGUUGAGUUUGUGCAGGACCCGGACCCGAAUUCUACGACACCGUUCUUGAUUAAAUUGCCACCCGCCGAGGACGAGCUUAAUCUGAUAUUUACAUUUACCAUUCGCCGCCGAGAGGAGACUGCCGGAACAGCUUCAAACGGCAACAACAGCACGAUUACGACCAUCAACGGACUCACCUUUAUCACUGCUUCUAGUGCGCGCGAGAUUGAGAACCUCGUCACCCGAGAGUUCCACGCCGACCCGAACUUGCACAAGAACCCGAACGUCAAUCUCGUCGGCGACUAUUCCACCGACGGCUCGAAUGCGGUGCAGUUCGACUAUAAAUGGCGCUGGAGACCACCACAGGGCCAGGAUGGGGGUGCCAGUAACUUUGGCUGGAGGAAUACCUGCAGUUUUGUCGAAUAUGAUCAGCGGGCGCACAAGUUAUCGACACUGGCACAGUUCUCGUUCUGGGUGCCGCGAUCCGUACGAGCUGCACCAUGGCCUCCAUCGCCCGCGAUCGGUCCCGAGUAUCUGCUCAACUCACCGCCGAAACUUCGAGUGAGCUCGAGUCGAUCGACGGAUAUGCGCGUCGGUAACGGUAUGGCGAUGUUGGGCGACUACACCGAUGGCGAGCUGCCAUCACCGUUGAUUGACAACUUCGACGGGUCGACGCUUGCACCUUCCAUCACGAACAUCCCCGCGGUAAGGGUUGAUAACUGUCCCCGGCCGGUAGACAGCUCCGUGUCGGACGACGGCCCAUUGUUCAGAGCUACGAUGAAAAGCUUGGAACAGAAGACAGGAAACCUUCGCACUAAGAUGAAGAAGGUUCUCAAGCGCGCGGAGCAGGCCCGUCAGGCGCAGGUCACUAGCAUCGAUGCGCUCGCUGCCUUCCAGGAGUCUCUGCGCGAGGUCUCGACUACCGGCAAUGCCCCGGGAAUCCAACCCGCACUCGACCAUUACUUCAACCGGACAUUCCAAGAGAUCCUGGCGUACGAGCGCUUGAACGGAACAAACCUCCAGAAGCUGAUUAUCGAUCCGCUUACCAAGCUCUACCAGGUGGACCUGAAGCAGGCUGAAGCAAAGAAGAGGGACUUCGAGGAGGAGAGCCGCGAUUACUACAACUAUGUUAGCCGCUACCUCGGUAUCCGGAACGACCCGAGCAAGGAGAAGAAGAAGGCAGAGAGCGAGUCCAAAUAUCAGGCCAAACGAAAGAACUUUGAGCUCAAGCGCUUCGACUACUCCACGUUCAUGCAGGAUCUUCACGGUGGUCGGAAAGAACAGGAGGUUCUGGCACAACUCACAAAGUUUGCGGAUGCGCAAGCGCGCGGAUUCCUCGCCACCGCGAAGAAGGUCCAGGAUCUCCUUCCAGAGCUAGAGGCGUUGGAUCACGAGGUGAAGGAAACCGCGAAGGAGUUUCAGAUACAGCGCACUGAGCGGGAAGAACGGCGGAGAGUGCUGGAAAAGAAUAAUCUGGUCUACGUCGAGCCGGAAUCCAUUCCCCCGUUUUUGCCGCCGACAACACCGAAUCCCAAUGGCGGGCCUUCCAGCAGUGAUAUCCUCGGAUUCAAUACCGGUUUCGAGCGCUUGGGCAUGGGCACUAGUAGUGUAAGGGCCGUGUCUUCCGGCAGUGAAGGUGGCCCACAACAGGACAACACCGUGCUGUCUCCGAUUUCGGCUUCGGCGCCGGCAAAGAUAAACUCGGGAUCCCUCAAGUACCGUGGCAUCGCCAUCGGCGAAGGCGGACUGGGGGUGGAUAAGGAGACGGAGCGCAGGAAAGAGGGACUUCUCUGGGCCCUCAGCAGGCCAGGAAGUCACGUAGAUCCCAAGGGGUUGAACAAGCAAGCGUGGCACAAAUACUGGGUUGUUCUUGCCGGAGGGCAGCUGUGCGAAUAUUCCAACUGGAAGCAGAAGUUAGGAUUACACAACGACCCGAUCAACCUCAAGAUGGCGUCCGUACGAGAAGCGCGCAAUUCGGACCGCCGAUUCUGUUUCGAGGUCGUUACGCCACAGUACAAGCGGGUAUACCAAGCAACGUCAGAGGAAGACAUGAACAACUGGAUAUCGUCCAUCCACAACGCGGUCAAGAGCACGAUCGAAAGCGGAGGCUCAAUCAAAAACUUUGACGCCUCGCCAAUAGAGAACGAGGGUGAUGCUGUCCAGUUGAAGAAUAUUCAGUCCGCCCUGACAGGUAAAAGUCCGCACUACCAUCACUCCGUCCAUGGCAGCAAUCCGCUCAGCAAUUCAGCCAAUGCCAAUAAUAUCUACCGCCGGACCACGGUGGGUGCUCGGCCGCCGACUAAUGCGGCGAGGAGGAACAGUAGCAAUUUCGGAGAGGAUCCGGAGAAGUUGCUGCAGUUGAUCAGAGAUGCGGAUCCGAGCAAUAGCAGUUGUGCGGACUGUGGAAGUCAGGUCAAGACCGAGUGGGUUUCCAUCAACCUGGGGAUUGUACUCUGCAUUGAAUGCAGCGGCCUCCACCGUUCCCUUGGUACACACAUAAGCAAAGUUCGCUCACUAACCUUGGACGUUACCUCUUUCACACCCGAUCUCGUCGAGCUCCUCUGCCAAAUCGGCAACCGAGUAGCCAACAGCGUUUGGGAAGCCAAAGCCGAACCCGCCCUCCGGCCAGGCCCACAGUCCUCUCGCGAAUCACGGCUCAAGUUUAUCACUGCCAAAUACGUUCAACGCGCCUUCGUCGCUCCACUAAGUCCCACACUAUCAAUAACAGACUCACCAGACGAACUCCUCCUUGAGGCAGUCAAGAAGGGGGAUCUUCCCGCGGCCUUCUACGCGCUCGCCCUCCACGGGAGCGCCAACACCGUCGACCCGGCAACGGGUAUGCACGUCGUAAUCCUUGCGCUGGCCGCUUCCAGCCCGCUCUCGCCCAGCAUGUCGCCAACCUCUCCCACCGAACCCACGGCAACAACAACCACCACGCCCUUCCCGUUAGCCGAACUGCUCCUCCAAAACGGCGGCGAGAUGCCGUUCCCACUGGCGGCCAGCACGGAGCAGGGACUGUCAGAGGCCGCACGAUCAUACGUCGCCCACAAGACGGCAAAGCGCUUCCGCCAGGACGCGGUGCCUCCUAUCCCGCAGGAGAAGUUGGAUCGCCUGCAGAAACGAGUCAGUUCCGGCCCGAGACUGCACAGAGAUCGGCUCGUCGUGGAUCGGUGAUGGCACGGGAAGAAGGGGGU